AUGACUCAGGAUUCACAUCAACCAAAAAUAAGCUCUUUGGCUUUGGCUCCAAUAAAGUUUAAACUGUACUAUGGUACUUUCGUAUACACUCCAGCUCUCGGUGAGCUAUCCGUUAGUACUGAUACCUGUAUUGGGGUGGACAAAAAGGGAACCAUAAAAAUCAAGAAACAGUUCGAAGAAGGCUCCGACAGUGAGUCCAACAUUGACUUGGUCAUCGCUGAAAACGGGCUUGAAAGGUCUGAACUUGAAAUACUUGAUUAUUCUGCUGAUCCUAACAAGUUCUUCUUCCCAGGUUUUAUUGAUACUCACAUUCAUGCUCCACAGGUCCCUAACAAUGGAAUUUUUGGAAACACCACACUGCUUGAAUGGUUAGAAAAGUACACGUUUCCAUUAGAAGCAUCUUUUAAAGAUGUCAAGACUGCCAGCUACAUUUAUAACAAGGUGAUCGACAGAACGUUAACCAACGGAACCACUUUGGCUUCAUACUAUGCUACAAUUCACGAAAAUGCCACUAAGCUAUUGAACGAUAUUGCCUAUUUGAAAGGUCAAAGGGCAAUGAUUGGUAAGACUUGCAUGAAUCAACACUCCCCGGAUAAUUAUAUUGAAACCCUAGAUGAAUGCAAAGAGGCUCAGUAUGGCGUAAUAAAGCACGUAGAAGAGACCAAUGAGGGUCAUGAAUCAUUUGAUGUCAUUACCAAGCCUAUUAUCACCCCAAGAUUUGCUGGCUCAUGCACAGAGGAGCUAAUGAAAUGGUUGGGAGAGCUCAGUCAAUCUGGUGAAUACCACGUUCAAACACAUCUGAGUGAGAACCACGGCGAAAUCAAGUGGAUUGCCGAUAUGUUCCCACAUUUUGACAGCUAUGCUGAUAUCUACGCCAAAUGCAACCUCUUAACCAACAGAACAGUGUUGGCUCAUUGCAUUCACAUAUCUGAAGAAGAGAAAGAUUUGUUAGUCAAACAUAACUCAGGAAUAUCUCAUUGUCCUACUUCCAACAGUUCAAUUACGUCCGGUGAAGCCAGAAUCAGAUGGCUUCUAGACAAUGGGGUCAAGGUUUCAUUAGGAACUGACUGUUCUGGAGGCUUUUCCCCAUCUAUUUUAACUGUCGCUAGACAUGCUCUGUUGGUGUCUAGACACCUGGUUAUGAAAUCUAAACAAGACCAGCAAAAGCUAACCACUGCUGAAGUUCUUUUUUUGGCAACCGUCGGAGGUGCUCAAGUCUUGAAUGUUGACUCAUACCUUGGAAAAUUUGAAACUGGAUUCCAAUUUGAUGCUCAACUGAUAGAUCUAAACGUUGAGAAUUCUCCAUUAGAUCUGUUUCCCUUCCAACAGGGGCGCUGGCAAGAGUUACUGGACAAAUGGCUCUUCAACGGAGACGAUAGAAAUACCGUCAAAGUCUUUGUUAACGGAAGAUGUGUUGUUUCCAAAGUUUGA